AUGCCGCUGCCCGGGGGGGCUUCCACCAGCACCAUGCAGCCCUUCAGCCUGCAGAACCUCUCCAUAUGUUUCCAGCUCCUCAUGUUCUCCUGUCAGACCCAGGGGGAGAAUCAACCUUCUCCUAAUUUUAACCAGUAUGUGAGGGACCAGGGGACCAUGAGUGACCAGCUGAGCCGGAGGCAGGUCAGGGAGUACCAGCUCUACAGCAGGACCAGUGGCAGACACGUCCAGGUGACUGGCAGGAGGAUCAGUGCCACGGCUGAGGAUGGCAACAAGUUUGCCAAGCUGAUCGUGGAGACAGACACCUUUGGGAGCCGUGUCCGCAUCAAGGGGGCUGAGAGUGAGAAGUACAUCUGCAUGAGCAAGAGGGGAAAGCUCAUUGGCAAGCCCAACGGCAAGAGCAAGGACUGCAUCUUCACGGAGAUCGUGCUGGAGAACAACUACACCGCCUUCCAGAACGCUCGCUACGAGGGCUGGUUCAUGGCCUUCAGCCGUCGGGGCCGGCCCCGCCCGGCCGCCCGCAGCCGGCAGAACCAGCGCGAAGCUCACUUCAUCAAACGCCUCUACCGCGGCCAGCUGCCCUUCCCCAACCACCCCGAGCGCCAGAAGCAGUUCGAGUUCGUGGGCUCCUCCUCUCCCACCCGCCGCACCCGUGCCCCGAGCCCCCGAGCCCCGAGCCCCCGCACGUAA